GGUAUUAUAGGUAUCUUGUAGAGGUUUUUGUUUUCUCACUGGUUUGCCAUAUCUCCAAUUCCUAUAUCGAGUCUUUCUUUUCGGCGCCUCAUCGGUACCAUUACCAAACAAAUCACCUUUCAAGACUAGGAGUGAAGUAUCCUUCAUAAGACUGAGUCUUGUUUCUUCUGGUCAUCUUUUCAUCUCUUAGCAAAAUAGCAAAAUAGUAUCCUCCUGAAGACUCGUCCUCAACAAUCAACAGACACAAGGUCUUCUCUACACGGCUUCUAGAUUCAACGGAAUAGAUCAGAUCUCUUCUGCUAUGGCGAAGCACACGGCGGCGUUGAAAGUGGGACUAGCUUUACUGGCGAUGUGCAUGAUUGGUUACAUACUUGGUCCGCCGCUCUACUGGCACCUCACGGAAGCUUUGGCUGUUUCAGCCACUUCUUGCUCUGCUUGCGUCUGUGAUUGCUCUUCGUUGCCUCUUCUCACCAUCCCCAAAGGACUCAGCAAUGGUUCAUUCGCCGAUUGUGCAAAGCGUGAUCCAGAGGUGAACGAAGACACGGAGAAGAACUAUGCCGAACUCUUAACAGAGGAACUGAAGCAACGUGAAGCAGCAUCGAUGGAGAAACACAAACGAGUAGACACAGGUCUGCUUGAGGCCAAGAAGGUAACAUCAUCUUACCAAAAGGAGGCAGAUAAGUGUAACUCAGGUAUGGAGACUUGUGAAGAAGCAAGAGAGAAGUCGGAAAAAGCACUUGUGGAGCAGAAGAAGCUGACUUCAAUGUGGGAACUAAGAGCUCGUCAGAAAGGAUACAAAGAUGGAGCCAAGUCGACUGUUAAAUCCAAAAGCAGCGUUCAGGUUUCUUAAGGGCACACCCAAGCUUUUGUUUUCUUAUCACACGAAAGAGAGUUUGAGGUUCAGUGUAACUGUGAAUUUGAUUUAUACUUAAUUGUAUUUUAGUUCUCUGAUGGAGAUAAAUCAUUCAGAUGGAACGGAAACAUUGUACCAAAACAACAAACGAUUAAUGGAUUUUGAACAAAGUAA